CUGUGAUUAGGUUAGGAUUAAUCAUGUCAAUUUUUAGAAAAUUGUUGAAAAAAGCGCAUAAGUCAAAGUCGAGUAUGCUUUGAAUGUGUUCCAAGUAAUACUGCGAUAACGCUUGAACAAUAAUGCUUAUCAAUUUACACGUAUUCCAUCGGAGUUAGAUCAUAAAAGGAAACUUUUUCGUAAAAAACUGACGAAAUAACUAAUGUUAUAAAUUGUUAAGUGCCUUUAAUUAACUCUUCCACUUGUAAUAUAAUAAGCUGAAAAUGAAUCUCUUACUUAUAAAUGAUUAUUUGGGGACAUAUUCUGGCAGAGACAAAAUAUUAAGAACCCUUUCUUAUUCGGCAAAGUUACUUACUGUAUGUACUUUGUCCAAGAAUACUGAAAAAAAACUUAAGACCUUUGGAAGCCAAAUGAGUGAAUGCAGAGUGAUGUUGCGCUUAUUAGAUGAUCUUCCAAUGCUUCAUUUCAUAAUAACAUAUGGCUGGGGAAAAAAGGAACCAGACUGGUUGAUUAGAUGGAGCCAAGUGAUACAAAAUGUAAUAGAUGUAAUUUAUUGCCCUGUAGAACAUAUUUGUUGGGCCGGUCAGCAUAAUAUUGUAUCAAUCAAUACUAACAAAUGGGAUCUUGCUACCACUUGGUUUUGGAUAAUUUCUUUACAUCUGUCAUUACUUAAAUCAGUGAGAUUACUCCAAAAGCUUCAGAAGUAUAGAACAAGCUUAGAAAAAAGUAAUCCUGAUGUACAAAGCACAUUGAAGGAAAUCAAUGAGAAACGGCAAAGUGCAUUAUUGGUAUGCACACGUCUUGCAUUGGAUAUUACAUAUGCGAUUAGUUAUUUACCACCGAGCGUACUUUGGGGAGGUCGUUUAAAAACAUGGCAUGUUGGUGCACUUGGUACAAUAUCGUCGUUGAUUGGACUUUAUCAGGCUUUUAGCCAACGACUCAAAAGUUGAAAAUUUGCUCAAAUAAAAAAGUAUUAUUGUUACAUUUAUUGUACAAUGUGGGCUACGGGGCUGUAUAUAUUAUAUUAUAUAUAUUAUAAUAACAUGAAAUUAUUAAUAUA